AUGGCAGGAGGAUUUUGGAGUUGUGCAGAUUUUAUGAUUGUAUUAUCAUGGAAUAUUAGGGGUCUGCGAAGACCCGAGAAGAGAACAAAAAUAAAAAGUGUAGUUCGGGCGAGGAAGGUAGAUAUUCUUCUGCUGCAGGAGACAAAGAGAAGCUUAGUAGAUGUUAAUUUUGUUAAGUCAUUAUGGCUGUGGGAAGAGUUGGAGUAUAUGGAGCUAUGCUUGUGGAAUCCACAGACUUUCGAGCUAAAGGAGUGUUGCUGCUCCAGGAACUUCAUGCUUUUAUCAGGUAUGGUCCAUCAUUCUUUCAAUUGUACUCUUAUCAAUGUUUAUGCACCUAAUGAAGUGCUCAAAAGAAGAUUACUGUGGGAGUCCCUAUCAACACUGAAAUCAUCAUUCCUAAGCCCUUGGUGUAUAGGUGGUGACUUCAAUGAAAUCCGAUUUAUGAGCGAAAGGAAAGGGUGUUCUCGAAGGGAAAGAGGGAUGAAGGACUUUAAUGAAUUGAUUGAAAAAUUGGAGUUGGUAGAUAUGCCAAUGCUGGGCACACAGUUCACGUGGUGUAAUGCGAUGGAUGGAAAUAGAUGGAGUAGAAUCGAUAGAUUUUUAAUCGAGCCUAGGUGGCUGGAAGAGUUCAAGUUUAAGCAGUGGGGACUGCCUAGGAGCAUCUCUGAUCACUGUCCAAUACUCCUUAUGGAGGAUGAGAGGGAUUGGGGUCCAAAACCAUUCCGGUUUAUUAAUGCAUGGGGUUUGCAUCCCAAAUUUAAAACAGAAGUGAAGAACUGUUGGGAAGGAUUCCAGGUUAGUGGUUGGGCUAGCUUCAGACUUUUGAAAAAGUUAGGAAACCUGAAAACCCAUCUGAAGAGGUGGAACUGUGAAGUCUUUGGUAACAUUGAUGAGAAGUUGAAAAAAGCAGAGGAUGAACUGCAUGAAUGGGAUUUAAUAGCUAAAGGUAGGAAUCUACAGGAUGCUGAGAUCAAAAGAAGGGUAGAAAUAAGAAAAUUAGUUUGGGAUCUGAGUAAGAAGAAGGAAUGGUUGUGGCUCCAAAAAUCUAGAAGGGUAUGGGCUGAAAAUGGGGAUAAAAAUACCAGAUUUUUUCACUUAAUGGCAACCAAAAGGCAGAGGAUAAACUUGUUAAACUCAGUUACCGUGAAUGAUGUGAUUCAUGAUGAGCCUGGGAUGAUUAAACAGGUAGUGGCAAGUCAUUUCAAUUUCCUUUUCACUGAAGAUUGA